AAAUUUGUUUACACCAUAGUUACUAUGGAUACGGAUAAGCGAUACUCGUUUAUUAUGACAACCGGCACCUCACCUUGUGCGCCUUCUAUACAGUACAGCAUAGAACAAACGCCAAAGGAAUUAUAUCAAUAAUUAUUACUUAUGAGUGGCCACCGCCAGAUCAACAUGGAUUUCGAGGAAAAUCUAGUCAAGCGACAGAAUUCAACAGAAUACUUUGACACCGUGAUCGGACAUAUUGAAGACAUUGUGAUAGGCGAAGACUUCCAGGCAAUGGUCAACCACUUCAUGGACUGCUGCUAUCACCUGUUCGAGCAGGGCGAAGAGAACAAAAUUGUCUACACGGAAGUAUAUCAGAAGUACACCAGUCUGGUGGAGACGUUCAUCGUGGAGAGCUUGAAUGACAAGAUGAGCUUCUUUGACAUGGACAGGUUUGCGCUCGAGUUGGAAACCAAAAAGUCCCAACUGGAUGGGGAAAUCUUCGAGCUGCUAUCGACGUUGACGGACUUCCUGGCCUUCAAGGAUAUGGUGCUGGACUACAAGGCAUACAAGGAGGGGCUGUACGACGAUCUAAGCAAGGAUUUCAGCGUGACUGGUCUGCAGCAGAAAUAAGAAGAGGGUAGAAGGAUGUGAUUUAUUGGCAAUAAAAGGACGAAAUUGGUUUUGUGAACAUUAA